GUUAUUUUAAUUGAAAUUUUCUCUCAUCCUCUCUUUUAUCAAAAACUAAAAAUUAGAGAAUUCAUAACCCUUUACAUUAUUUAGAUGAGAAAAUUCAUAGUACUUUCUGACUUAAAAAAACAAAUAAGAAAUAUGUUUUGGCUUGGUUUUUUAUUUGCAUUUUAUAAAAGUGCCUUAUUUUCUAAAGAGUGAUUGAGUUCUAUGAAGGGUUAAAACCCAAGGUUAUACUAAGGCAGAAAAGAGAAGAAAAUGGUUAGGGUCAUGUUGCAGUUGAAGAAAAUUGAGAACAAAGCAUACAAACACAUAACCUUUGCCAAAAGGAGAAGUGGCCUUGUCAAGAAAGCAUAUCAACUUUCAACUCUAUGUGAUGUGGAGGUUGCUCUAAUCAUUUGUUCCCUGGCCAGAAAUCUCACUCUUUUUGAGGAAAGAAAAGGGUAGAAGAGGUUCUGUCACAUUUUAUCCAAAUCUCUGCAAAGAAGCACUAAUGCUACCCGGAGCCUCGCUUGUUCUCUCCUCUCCGUCAAUGACAGAGGGUUUCUCGCAGCGAACCGCAGCCCCGCUUGCUCUCUCCUCUCCGUCAACGACAGAGGGUUUCUUGCAGCCGACCGCAGCCCCACUUGCUGUCUCUUCUCCAUCAACGACAGAGGGUUUCAAUGGUAUCUCUUGGAGUUGCUAACAGAGAGUCACAAGCUUAGUCCUUUUAUGCUUGUGUCCCACAUACCCAUUGAUUGUUGAAUCAGGGUGAGUUUCAAAUUAGCAAUCCCAUUUUUCUUAAAGAAGAAGUUGUCCAAAUCAGUGUUUGUUUGUUAUUUAUAUGUUAUGUCAUUGCAAUAAAUCAAUAACAAAUGACUGCUGAAGGUUUCUCAUUUCUCAGGUAACAAAUCAUAUGUUAUAAUUUUCAAUGACAUAACAUAUGACUGUUGUAGGGUUCAAGGUUUCUCAUUGCAAUGAAUCAGGAGGUUAUGGGUGAAAGGAGUUGAUUAAUUUUUAGGUUUUCAAAGUCUUGAACAUUGUACUGGAAUGUGGAAGGUUUUUUUUUUUUUUUUUGAGCUUUGAUGUUCUGCAUGAUCAUCAAUUUAGGUUUUUUCCAGAGUUUAAUUUACCAAUUGUUAAAUCUGGAUCAAUAUUUGGGAUAUGUUAGAUUACUUUAACCAGGAUUUGUAAUGGUAAACUAAUACGUUUCUGAUCCAUACUUUCUGUGGCUAUCCUUGUAGAUUUUCUCUUACAAAGAGUAUAUUUUCUGUUCUUUCUUUUUUAUAUCUUUUGCAGAACAUUCAAGACAUGAGAAAUUGCUAUGAUAGCUUGCUUUCUGCUGCUGCUGUGACAGCAAACUGUGCAUAUGGUAUAAAUAAUAUGCUUCAUG